AUGGAACAGUGGAUGAAGAAAAUCUUUGAAGAAACAAUUUCGCGUCAACCUCUGUUUUCUGAGGAACGUCAAAAUGUCAAACAGGUCAUCCAGGAUCUCAUUCGUUGCUCUAGUCCGAUCGGGGGCCCAGACGAGGAAAGUGAAAGGCCCUUAGAUCUCUUCAGUGUACAGCUCAUUCGAUGGCCUUAUGAACAACCAGCCAAGCGACGAAACAUCGUUCAUCACUUCCUUGAAUUGCACUAUGACACCCCCUGGCAUUAUCUUUUCAAAUGCCCUUUCUCUUCUAGCGAUGAGACACUGUUGGGUAACGCGCAAUUUGCGACUCUAGUCAAACGUCCCGGUCCUUGGCCAACUGCCUCCAUAGGCGCGACACGAAAGACAUUUACCGGGCUUGUAAAAGAGUUGUUACCCUUCGCCAAUGACUCGCAUAUCCUAUCGUCUCUGGAGCCAAAAGAGCCUUCCCUUAACCAAAUUUGGAACGAGACUUUGAGUGAUUAUGAUCAGGGGUUCUAUCACAACGCAUCCCCUUGGGAACUUGUCCAAGAUUUCGUCGUCAACGAGCACUGGGAUCCCAGAUAUGGACCUCCUGCGCUUGCCAUCUUCUAUUUGACCAAUAAAUUCACGGAGGAGCAAGCAGAUUCACUUGAAUCAGCCAUUAUGUUGGAGCUUGGGGGCGAAGUCCUCCGAGUUUCCUGUACGACUAAAUCCACCACUCCCUUGACAAGAACCUUGCAUGAUAUGUGGAACAUAUUCUGGCAGAUACAUAAAAUUUGGCAGAUAGAAUUUCCCCGUUCUGACGUCCCCCUUUUCUUCGCCGAUGAGCAGAGUUUCAUUGAUGAAACCUUGAUCAUGGUCGAUUGGUGGCAUCUCAAAGAGAUGAACAAUUUGCACUACCAGGAUAUACUGAAACGGGUUGACAAGCCUUGGAUCAGGGGAAUGGUCUACGGCCGGAUUCUCGCUUUUGAUGCUAUUUCCGCUCAUGGAAGCCUAUCAAUGGAGGAUGAACCUGUUCUAAGUUAUUUCCGGAACGAAGUCGAGGGCCACGAUCGAGUCGAUGUUGUGUACCGUUAUCUCAGGCCUGACUCGCCAGGACAUGAAAUCAUUCCACACGAGGAAUUGUAG